AUGGUGAAGAAGAGAAGAUAUAAUUUUAUGCGAAAUACUUCCCGUUCACACACAGCACCAGAGUUAACUCCAUGUGGCAACCUGCAGGUAGUGACGUCUCCUGGGACCUCAGCAGGAGGCCAGUUACCUCCCAGACCACCAGCAGCAGACCAAUUACCUCCCAGACCACCAGCAGGAGACCAUUUACCUCCCAGACCACCAGCAGGAGACCAUUUACCUCCCAGACCACCAGCAGGAGACCAUUUACCUCCUAGACCACCAGCAGGAGACCAUUUACCUCCCAGACCACCAGCAGGAGACCAUUUACCUCCUAGACCACCAGCAGGAGACCAUUUACCUCCCAGACCACCAGCAGGAGACCAUUUACCUCCCAGACCACCAGCAGGAGACCAUUUACCUCCUAGACCACCAGCAGGAGACCAUUUUCCUAGACCACCAGCAGGAGACAUUUACCUCCCAGACCACCAGCAGGAGACCAUUUACCUCCCAGACCACCAGCAGGAGACCAUUUACCUCCCAGACCACCAGCAGGAGACCAUUUACCUCCUAGACCACCAGCAGGAGAUCAUUUACCUCCCAGACCACCAGAAGGAGACCAUUUACCCCCCAGACCACCAGCAGCAGACCAUUUACCUCCCAGACCACCAGCAGGAGACCAUUUACCUCCCAGACCACCAGCAGGAGACCACCCAGACCACCAGCAGGAGACUAUGUGCUCUCACUGUUGCAACAAAAGAUGGUCCUCCUGCUCUUAGCUCCCUCCAGCACCACCAUCACCUCCUCUUCACAGUCACUCAAAACUUUAACAAGGGAUUCACUCUUGUCUCGCCAGGUGCUGAGGGUGAGUACCAGGGUGAUGGAGAGUACCAGGUUGAUGGAGAGUACCAGGGUGAUGGAGAGUACCAGGGUGAUGGAGAGUACCAGGGUGAUGGAGAGUACCAGGGUGAUGGAGAGUACCAGGGGGUGAUGGAGGCUGGAGAGUACCAGGGUGAUGGAGAGUACCAGGGUACCCAGGGUGAUGGAGAGUACCAGGGUGAUGGGGGGUACCAGGGUGAUGGAGAGUACCAGGGUGAUGGAGAGUACCAGGGUGAUGGGGGGUACCAGGGUGAUGGAGAGUACCAGGGUGAUGGAGAGUACCAGGGUGAUGGGGUACCAGGGUGA